AUGGAAUGUCUCUCAUCUGCAUGGUUUUCCAUUCUUAUUAAUGGAUCUCCUUGUGGUUUUUUCCAACCUACCAAAGGGCUGAGACAGGGCUGCCCACUUUCCCUUUUGUUGUUCACCCUUGUUACUGAAUCGUUUUUUGCACAAAUGGAUCAAUUGGUGAGAGAAGAGAAGGUUGCUAUUCCCAGAAUGAUUUUUAAGGCAGGUAUGCAACUAUCUCACAUGUUUUACGCAGAUGAUCUGCUGGUUGUGCUUCAAGCAGAUAUAUCCACUGCUAAGAACCUGACUGCUGCUUUGGGGAAAUUCUCUACAUUAUCAGGCCUAACAGUGAGUCCUGAAAAGAGCACCAUCUUUUUUUCCAAAUUAGUUAGGAGGAGGAGAAGAUUGAUGAGGAUUUUUCACUGCCAAAUGGGGAGAUUUCCUAUUACUUACUUGGACCUGCCUUUGCUGCCUUAUGGAUUGAGAAGAGUUCACUGUAGUCUUUUGAUUGACAAAUUUACCAACAAAAUCAAUGUGUGGAAUGGAAAGUGUCUCUCUAUGGUUGGUAGAUUAGAACUGGUGAAAUUAGUUUUAACAUCUUAUGUGUACUUUUGGUGUUCUAUUUACACAUUGCCAAGAGCUGUUGUUAAAUAUUUAGAGAAGAAGAUGAGGGACUUUAUAUGGGGCUCUACUACUGAACACAAGAAAGUGCAUGCUUUUAGUUGGAAUAAGGUGAAGGAAGCUGGGUUUGGGGUGAGGAAAAUUACAGACAUUAAUUCUACCUCAAUGUGCCGACUGAUUGGAGAUGGACAGUCUACUUUUUUGUUUACUGAUCCAUGGGUUCAAGGGGAAAGUUUGGUGACUAAAUAUGGAUAUAGAGUCCAUAGAGACUUUAAUCUGGCCAAGCAAGCAAAAUUAUCUUCCAUUAUUCAGAAUGGUCAGUGGCAAUUCCCACAUCAGAAUUCCAAUACUUUACACCAGUUCAAGAACUUGGCUCUUUCUCUGACAUUGAAGCAAGGUGAUGAAAGGUGGAGAAAUCCACACCCAGAGGUGCAGUGGUUUUCAGUUUGUUGGAGUGGAGCGAGACCUAGAGCUUCUCUGGUUUGUUGUCUGGCAAUGCAGAAUAAGCUUUUAACCUUUGAAAAUCUAAAGAAAAGGGGGUUGCCUUUACUGUCUAUCUGUCAUAACUGCAUGAACUCAGCCGAUGAUGUAGAUCAUCUUACUGUCAAUUGUCCAUUUGCUAAAGCAAUUUGGCAAUGGUUGUCUGAUGUUCUUGGGUGGAAUAUGCCUCGAGUCAUUUCGUUAACUCAAUUAGUGGAUUGGUUUGUCACCAAAGGAAUUAAACAUAAGGCCCAAAAACGUAUUUGUGCAACUACUGUUUGGUAUGUAUGGAAUGAGAGGAAUUUGCGAUUGCAUCAGGAGAUUCGAAGAACUGUUAUGGAAAUUGCUAGAGCUAUUUGUGGAGAGGUCCUAAUGUUGUCUGGGAUGGAGAUGGGAGAGUUGUGCUCUCAGUCUCUAGCUAAUUGA